AUGGAGUUUGUUGUCGUGUCUGAAUUUUUCAGAAUUAUGCUUGUGCAGGUUGUUAACACAACAGACCAAGGUUAUGGGAUUGCAGCUGAUAUAUGGAGCCUUGGUUGCACUGUGUUGGAGAUGUUAACCGGGAAGUUUCCAUACGAUAAGCAAGAAAGGGUCCGUAUCAUUGCGUUAUUUAACAUCUUUCAUGGAAACCCCCCUGAGAUUCCUGAUUCUCUCCCGAGGCAUCGACGAGAUUUUAUACAGAAAUGCUUGCAAGUUAAUCCACAUGAUCGUCCCACUGCUAUCGAGCUCUUAAAUCAUCCAUUUGUGCAGGAGGAAUCUGCUAGAAGGACCUACACACCUGUGCAACAAGUCAAUGAUCGUCCUUGUCGUCACACUUUAGGAUGA